ACGUGCUAUAAUACAGCCAAUACAGCCGUAAAUAUAAACACUCGUGCCCUUGAUUUCAUCGUUAGUUGAAAUAAUUUCGUGGGCAUGUAAACAAGCCAGAAGAACCCACCGAUUAUUAAGCAGUGCCUGCCGGUUUAUAAAUUCAGUUCGCAGUUGUUAAUCUUGUAUAUUAUCGGCACACAUUGACGAAUCACCAUCAUCCUACCGGCUCUCAUUCGAGAGCCAGAAUAAGGAAAAAGUUUCACCUGCAUAACACACCAAAUUAUUGAAGAAGUCUACAAUAUAAAUUUAGAGAAAAUGGAUAAAGUGAAAACAUACUUAUUCUUAGACCUACAGUCUACUGGUUAUCCAGGGACAGCACAUGGUGAAAUACGAAUUACAGAAAUAUGUUUGCUAGCAGUUAAAGGAGUAGACGUUGAAAAAACCAGGUAUGAACCUCGAAUUCAAUACAAAUUCAAAAUGUGCUUCAACCCCGAAAAGAAAGUGGAAGAAGAAAUUUCUCAACAAAAUGGAUUAACACUAGCUGUUUUGAAAAGUGAAACUAAAUUCAACAAAGAUGUUUGCAAUGCCAUUACUUCUUUUGUCAAAUGUCUGAAGAAACCUGUUUGUAUGAUUGCCCAUAACGCUUUUAAGUUUCACUUCCCCUUACUGAAAUAUCAUAUGGAUAGAAUGAAAGUAGCAAUGCCAGAUGAUCUGUUAUGUACUGAUAGCAUUUAUUGCUAUUAUGACAUAUUAAAAAGAGAAUUGUAUGUAAAGCCAAGAGAAAAGUCAGAAGAAAACUGUGAAGAAGAAAGUGCAGAAAGUAAAAGUGAUCCAGUUGAAAUUGAGAGGGACAUGAGAGACAGAAAGUAUGAAAAUCUAGUUCAGAAUGUAUUUUAUGAAGUGGCACCGAAAGAAUUGUACAAUUUAUCUCAUGUUUACAAAAGUGUUACCUCUGGUGAUCUUAAACAGUAUGAUGCAGAAACUAACUGUCGAAUGAUGUUGAAAAUAGCCAUUGAUUAUAAACACGAUUUUAUGGAGUGGGUAAAGAGACAGCACUGCCCCUUCUCUGAGGUGCCGAUUAUACCUAUGUGAACAAACUGAAGAUUUACCAAUUUCACCAUCUUCUGCUGAUGUGGGGUAAUUUACUUAAGACAUGAUGUUGUCUAUGCUUGUAUUGCAGCUACUUAUUUCAGGAACUAGUAGUUUCUGCCUAUGUUAUCAUCUUAAAACUUUAAAAUUGUAAUUAUGUACUUGCAGAUCUCAUGAACAGUGAUAUAUUUAUUUUUAUUCUAGAAUGUACAUAUAAUAAUGUUCAUCUAACUAAAUUAUCUCAAGUUUAAGAGUGCAUUUUACCUUUAUAAGGCUACUAUUGUCAUUUUUACAAUAUUUUAAUUGUCCCUAUGUGCCUUGACAUUAAUCACCCAAAAAUGUCUUAAUUAAG